AUGAGCAACAAACAGCCAAACCUCUUCGCCUACCCGUCGGUUGACGAACUCGCGCCCGCCCUGCGAUCCUACGUCAUCCAAGCACAAAAUGCAGGUCUGAAUCGUCACGGUGCCUUCAAGGUCGCCGUCUCUGGCGGCUCGCUGCCAAAGACUUUGGCCCAGGCACUGCUCACACCCUCCACCGGCCCCGAAGACCAGGUUCACUUUGGAAAGUGGGAAAUCUUCUUCGCCGACGAGCGCGCCGUUCCCCUCGACCACGAGGACUCCAACUAUGCUCUCCUCAAGAGCCAGCUGCUCGACAAGAUCCCCGAGGACCUCGGUGCCCCGACCGUCCAUCCCAUCGACACCACCUACCUGAACGACACUCAGGAGCUGGCCGAUCAGUACGAAAAGACCCUCGUCACCAGCUUUGCCAGCCGCGACAGCGUGCGUCUCCCCAUCUUCGACUUGUUGCUCCUCGGCUCCGGUCCCGACGGACACACCUGCAGUCUGUUCCCCGGUCACGAACUGCUGCGCGAGACGACUGCCUGGGUUGCUCCCAUCGAGGACUCCCCCAAGCCCCCGCCCAAGCGCAUCACUCUCACUCUUCCCGUCGUGAACCACGGCGUCAAGAUUGCCUUUGUCGCCACUGGCGGCGGUAAGAAGGAGAUCAUGAAGAGGAUUUUUGAGCACGGCGAUGGACUUCCCUGCGCCCUAGUCAACGAGGGCGCCGGCGACCGCGUCAGCUGGUUCGUCGAUAACGCCGCCGUUGAGGGCGUCAGCUUCCCCCGCCGUUCGUUCUUGUAA